AUGGAGAAAAAUCUAGCGUACAGCAGAGCGAGAGAAAAACGAGAUACAUUUCUUUCUAUCACGGACAGCGUCCCUGUGUCCGUGUCGUCCAAUUUUGUUGUAUGCAUUUUAUUCUCCAGCAUCGCUUUAUUCUUCGUUAUCCUCCGCAUCCUCGCCCGGAUACGAACCAGGGCCAAAUUCGCAUUCAAUGACUACGCGAUUUUCUGGGCUAUGUUCUGGUCGCUUUUCUUGGCGAUUGACUCUAUCGUCACAGCAUCAUAUGGCGGCGUCGGGCACCACAUAGAAGAGAUAAUGGCACUCGCACCUCAAAUUCUACAGCCAAUGCUCAAGACUGUUCUUAUAGGUCAAUUCACAUGGGCUUUAGCAAAUACGGGAGUCAAACUUUCCAUGAUCGACCUUUACAUCAAAUUGUUCGGAACAAACAAAAGAUUUCAAUCAGUAUCGUACAUUUUAAUGAGCGCCGUUGGCCUCUAUUGCCUCAUGGUCAUUCUCAUCGCUUUCCUACUAUGUCGACCCUUAGCUUUCAAUUGGGACACGUCAAUCCCCGGUGGACACUGCGGCAACCGCAAUUCCGCAUUCCUCGCCUCCGGUGUGAUGAACCUCGUCCUCGAUGUUGCAGUUCUAAUACUACCGCUACCGAUGCUCUGGAACCUCAAUAUGGCUAUGAAUAAGAAAAUCAGUUUAAUGCUAAUGUUUAGUAUUGGUGUUGGGAUAUGCGGAUUCACGAUAUGGCGGAUGGUAAUUAUCUACAACAUGAACGAGCAGGACUUCUUCUACGAGGACGGGAUAUUGAGUACUAUGUCUAACCUGGAACCUCUUCUCGGAAUAUGCGUGGCGUGUCUUCUGGUCUGCCGACCCUUGCUAAUUGCCUUUGGGCAGAAAAUACGCGUGGUGGCUUCAUCGGCUAUGAGUCGGGUAGGGGGUACUAUAAGUGAUUCUCAUGGUGUUAAUAUCUCAACAAGAAGCGAAAAUAUGGCCGGCCGAUCAAUACAUUCAGCAGGUAGGCGGAAGUUCAAACGCCUCCAUGACACCUUAUACCCAAUGUCAGAUCUUACAGGCACCACGGAGUGCGAGGGACCUCCAGAUAGCAAUCUUGAGAGAGGCCGUGGGAGCGAGUGGAAUAAUGGAAUCAAGGUGACGGAGACCUGGGAGGUAGCGAGUGAAAGACAUCCUUAA